AUGAUGAAGUCCAAAGUGGUCAAGUGCGACUUGUGUUGUUUCUCCAAAGAUGGAUUAUUCUUACUAUAUGCAAUUGCAAAUAAAAUAAUUCUGAUAGAAUCUGUGUCGCUUGAUUUAACUCGGGUUUAUGUGAACAGCUACAAAAUAGACUCCAUUGACUUUUCAGAGGAUCACAUUCAUUUCUUGGCGUUAGCAAAGGAGGAGGGAUGCGUUUGCGUCUACUCCCUGUAUAGUAGUCACAUCGUUAGUAUAAUAUAUGACGCUUUCCAGUCCUAUGUCUGUUCCUUUUUCCUGGGCCGAAGGACAAACAUAUUAAUUCAUAAGUACGAGCGGAAAUGCAUAAGCAUCUACGAUGUAAACAACGUGAACGACGUGGAUCACUCCCUAGUCACCAUCCAACAUGUGAAGUCGGAGGGGGAAAAAAACUAUUGUGUCAGUGCAGAAUAUGAUAUCCUUGGUUGUCUAACUGAAUCGAACAAGGAGAAUAAAAUAACGCUGCUCUGUUUGCAGAGUUAUAAAGUAAAACAGGAAAUAAUUUGCAGGAACUUCAAUCCCAGUGAGAUAUUUUUCUCUUCAUUGAAUGAUAUCAUAGCUUACAGUAAUAAAUACAAAUCGGUGCAUGUGUACAAGUCGAGUGGGGAGCUACUCUAUGUUUAUAAUUUCGGCGCGAACUUAGCAUGUGUAAAUAUCGCGUCUAACAGUAAGGAGCGGAAUAUCCUCUCACUAGGAAUGGAAGAUGGAGUUGUUACAAUUCUACACCUGGAAAACUUGAAAGAAAUAAAAAAAAUAGUUUUAAGCGAGACCGUGAUAAUGAACGAGCAAAUGAAAAUAUAUAAAGAAAACACCUCCACCAGGAUUUUCCUAAACGGGGUUCUAUCGCCUGAAACGAUCCCAGAAAAGGAGAGAAAGGCAAAUUUUUCCUUUUACAGCAACGUCUCGGAAGGAGUUAAGGAAGGCGAAUACAAACUGCUGAAGUGUGAGAAGGAAAAAGGAACUGAUUCUGUUCGAAAGGGGAUAACGGAUAUAUUCUCUCCAGUGGGCAUCACCUUUUUAUCAUUCAGUUUGUGUGGGACCUUCCUGUCGAUCAUAAGUGAGAGCCAUAACAACACAGUCCGGAUUUAUACAGCGGAGAAUUACACUUGUGUAGCCAUACUACAACAGAAAAAAAGAAUAACCUAUUUACGAUGGGAUCAUGCUCUGUACAAGGCAAGGUUGCUCAUUUGUACGAAUUCAUCGCACUUGUUUGUGUGGCUUCCGAACGAGUGCUCCAUACUGGAAAUGCCUUGCGGGUUCACGUGCAAGGAGGCGGAAUGGAACUGCCACGGAACGGCCCUACUGGCAAAGAGUGAGAAAGGCCUAGUCAUAUUUCACGCGAAGCAUAUUGCCCAUUCGCGAUGA